AUGCGCGCCCCGCUCAAGACGAACGACUCCGACCAGAACUUCGACGUGCCACAAUCGAAAGAGGAAAAACCUGAAGCUUACCCCGAUGGACCUAUCUGUGUUUAUGGUCACUACCUGGAUCUCUAUCUGGAGCCCACUGCUGAACAAGCUUCUCGCUACGACGUCAUCCUGAACGUUGCCAGUGAAGUCAAGAACCCUUUUGAUUUCGCGACUUUUCAACCUUCUGGUCCUGAACUGCGUCUUGAUGGGGAGAAAAACUCAACAAAACCAGAGCCCGAGUACAUUCACAUUCCCUGGGAGCACAACACUGACAUCGUCCCCGAUCUCGUCCGCCUGGUAAAGGUCAUUGAUGAGCGAAUCCAGCUCGGAAAACGUGUUCUGAUCCACUGUCAAUGUGGUGUGAGCAGAUCAGCGACACUGGUUGUGGCUUAUGUUCUGUACAAGAACCCUUCGAUGAGCGUCCAAGAAGCAUACGAUGAUGUGAAGAAGCGAAGUAGAUGGAUCGGACCAAACAUGAACUUAAUUAUGCAGUUGCAAGAGUUCCGAUCAACGUUGCAAAGG